AUGGCCAUAAGAGGCUGCACCUGGUUGCUGCUACUGCUGCUGCAGCUCCUGCAGGGACAGAACCACCAGCCUCUUCGGAGGUCCAAGAGAAGAUGGGUUCUCACCACCCUGGAGCUGGAGGAGGAAGACCCGGGGCCCUUUCCCAAACUUGUUGGGGAGCUGUUCAAUAAUAUGUCCAAUAAUGUGUCCCUGAUGUACUUACUCAGAGGGCCUGGCGUGGAUGAAUUCCCCGAGAUCGGCUUAUUCUCUAUAGAAGAUCACCAGAGUGGAAAAGUGUACGUGCACCGCGCUGUGGAUCGAGAAGUGACACCGUCUUUUCUGGUUUACUUUGAUGCUGUGGAUAGAUCCACAGGGAAAGUGGUGGACGAAUCCCUGAUUUUCAACAUUAGAGUCAGAGACGUGAAUGAUCACGCACCCCAGUUUCCCGAGAAGGAAUUUAACAUCAGUGUGAAAGAGAGUCACUCUGCAGGUCAACCUGUUUUUCAGUUGUUAACGGUCGAUUUAGAUCAAGAAAACACUCCGAAUUCUCAAGUCCUUUAUUUCCUCGUUUCUCAAACACCAUUACUGAGAGAAAGUGGCUUUCGGAUUGAUCUCAUCAGUGGGGAAGUACGGCUCUCGGGAUGCUUAAAAUAUGAGACUGCUCCUUGGUUCACGCUGAUAGUCAGAGCGACAGAUUGUGGAGAGCCAUCCCUGUCAUCCACGGCCACCAUUCACAUCAUUGUGGAGGAAGGCAACAACCACAUGCCCACAUUUGUGGAAGACCAUUAUGAGAUUCAGAUUUCUGAAGGUGAAGUCGCUUGGGGCGUGUUGGAUCUCCCUGUUCAAGACGGAGACUCCCCAUUUACACCAGCUUGGAGAGCACAAUUCCACAUAUUGGACGGCAACGAGGAGGAGCAUUUCGACAUCAUGACUGACCCUGAGACCAACCGAGCGGUAUUAAAUGUUAUCAAGCCUUUGGAUUAUGAAACUCAAGCAGCCCACAGCCUCGGCAUUGUUGUGGAGAAUCAGGAGCCGCUCUUCUCUUGUGAGGAGGGCCAGGCACAGCCAUCGACGAAGGCCAUGGCCAGCACCACUGUGAGCGUGCAGGUGGUGGACACCAAUGACCCACCAGCCUUUCAUCCCAGGAGCUUCAUAGUCAGUGAGGAGGAUGGAGCUGGGCCGGGCAUCCGGCUGGGAGAUUUCAAUGCUACAGACCCGGACAGGGUCACCAGCCAGAUAAGAUACAAACUGGUUCACGAUCCAGCAGAUUGGGUGACCGUGGAUGAAGAAACAGGAGUGGUCACCACCAAGCGGCAAAUAGACCGGGAGUCUCCUCACGUGAAUGGCAGCUUUUACACAAUCCUUGUCCAUGCGGUUGACAGUGGCCUCCCACCGCUGACUGGCACAGGGACCCUGGUGCUUUUCCUGUCUGACAUCAAUGACAACGCUCCGACUCUCCAGUCUCAUUCUCGACACUUGGAGAUCUGCGAGUCCGCGGGGAACCAGCCCCUGCUCUUAGAGGCCGAGGAUGGCGACCUGGACCCCUACUCCGACCCCUUUACUUUUGACUUGGACUCUGCCCAGGGAGAUGUAGAUGGUACUUGGAUGCUCAGGACGAAGCAGGGUGAAGGUUGUUCUGCUGAGCUCGUGAUGCUGAGAAGCCUCCCGCCCGGGGAUUACUUGGUGCCACUAUUCAUAGGAGACAGACAGGGCCUCAUGCAGAGGCAGACGGUCCACGUGAGGGUCUGCUCCUGUCCUAGUGGAUCCAAGUGCGAGACUCUCUCCAACAUGAGUCUUCUGGUGUGGGCCUUGUCCCCUGUCUGUGCAGCGCUCCUGGCUCUGGCAGCCGCUCUGCUUUCCCUGCUGCGGUGCCGCUUUGAGUUUGGACCCAAGAGGCUCGGAGGCGUCAUCCCAAGUGACAAUGGCCACCAGACGCUGAUUGUGUACAAUGAGGAGAGCCAAGCCCUCUCAGCCCAGGGUCAUGGCAUGUUCUUUGAGCCAAGAAGCAUGAGAAACCGAUCUUCCACCCCGGUCUAUCUGGAUCGCUUGGUGCCCAGAUGCCCCCUGCCCCUGAUGGAGGGAAGGGUGAUAGAGACCUGGAAUCAGAAACUCCAUGCUAUUGAUGUUCUGGACGGCGACACUGGCUAUCCACCCCAUGUCUACAGAGAGGAGGGAGAGUGUGAAGGAGCUGAGACCCUCAGCUCUCUGACCUUCUUGGAGCAGGACCUCCCUCCUGAGUUGCUGGACGACUUGAGUUUAAAAUCUACUCCAUCUGAAGCCAUGUGUUCUGCAUCAAGAGUUCCUUCCUAA